UCCAGCAUAGUAAGGGUGGCGUAUGUAAUGGUUUUCAAGGGUUUAUGAAUAAUGUUCCAAUCCUCUGUCGGUAUAAACUGUGUACAUGUAUACAUCAUGGAUAAAAUAUUAUGAAUAUGUUUUAAUUUUACUUUGUAUCAAUGAAUCAGUAUUCAAGGAUUAUUCCGAAACCGGUUUUUGUAUUAUUAUUUGUCAUGUAAUCUCCUAAUUUUUUGUCAUUUAAAUCUGCAAAUUGUAAGGCGGAACUUAUUCUUGCUCAUAAUUCAUUGCUUAUCAUGACCAAACAGUUGUUAAACUUUGCUUUUUGUUUGUUGUUUUUGUUUUAUUUUUUUGUUACUCAAUCUUUAGUUACGCAUUUCUUCAUCAUUAAUAUUUUGACCUUUUAUUUUAACAGAUAAAUCCGCGUCGCCCUAAUAUCACAUAUGAUGACAUGAAGUGAAGUAGGUUAUACAGUUAAGAUCUGAUUAAACUUUAAAUAAAAGUGAACAAGAUAACAUACUAGUAUAUUAUACAUGAAAGAUACUUAUAAUGUUACAGUACAACAAGUGAUGGUAGUAAAAUUAUGUAGUAUCGCUAGCAGUAAACUGAAACACAUACUUUACUAUUAGAUAGACUUUCUACUCCGUAUUUAUAUUAAUAAAGUAGUUUAAAGAGAGAGAGACAGAUGUUAAUUGUGCGCAUUUUGUGAAAGUGAUAAACAAACAGAAAAAUCGAAUAAUUUUGCGUAUGUUUUGAGUUAAACAUUUUCUUAUUAAUGGAUUUAUCAGUGGAUUUUUACAACUGCAAUAAGAGAAUGGAAUACGAUCAAAGUCAUUAGUUUAUCUGAGCAGACGAAGCUGGAGUGCCACAAAGUGCAAACGUAUGUGGAAACGUUGGAGAAAGUAGCGGAACUAACAGUGAACCAACACAAAGUUUUACAGAUUUUAGGAGUUGCCACAAGUGACUGAAUAGGGGAUUACUAAAUAAAGAGGAAUGACUGAAAUGAGUCGCGAAAAGUAAUUCUUGUGUGGGGAAAUAAGUUACUCACUGUGUGACCUUUUGCGUUAUUCAUUACGUGAAACAAGUGAAAAUUGUAAUAUGUCCAUAUCACUCAUGUUUUGACAUAAUUAACUCUCUACAUAUAGCAAGAACACCUUUCUAGACUCGUAUCGUUACAAUCAAAGACACGAAGGAAGUUAGUAGUAUGUAAUGAACCAAUUACGUUUUACUUUUUAAGUAAUCACGCAAAACGUUACAAAAUAUUGAACAUAUUCACGAGAUACUUGUCAGUUUGGAUGGUGCGCACGUCUUUUAGUUAUUAGUGAGAAGAUCAUAUGAUUUAAUUAACUAAUUAUGGAGACAGUGUUAGUAAUUACACUUGAAUAUGACAACGUGUAAGAAAACUUGUAAAUAAAUAGCAGGCUCGUGCUAACAUACGUAUAUUUCAAUGGCGUUUUACAUUACACACAUCUAAUUGGAUUUUACGAACGAACAGAAAUUGUCAAUUAGAGAGUAUUUUUCUGCGUACUCAGAUAAAAAGGUUUGAAACGUGAAGUGCAUUCAUAAAUGGGAGGAUGUUAUAAACAAAAAUAGUGCAAUUCUUAUAUUUCGUCUUUAAAAAUAGAACUUCUCAAGGACGAAAUUUUAUAAGGAACAAAAUACUUCCCUAGUUUCCGAUAUUAGGUUGACUGACUUUUUGUACUCUUAAUUGUGCUCCACACACUUGGAUAUUUUUACCGCACAAAUUAAUGGAUUUAAGAGCAUUUUUACGGCGCCAGACAAAAUGCUUUGGGCUUAUCUAGCUAGGUAAAUUACGAUAAUAAACACCUACAAUUAUGUUUAAAUUUACGAAAUGGAAUCUGUCAGACUGUUUAUUUCAGACCUUCUUCACCGCUGUCCUGUUUCUAGAAAGCAUGCAUUCCGUGGCAAAUACGAACCUAACGAACUCACCAGCUCCUAUAUCCGCUUCUAUCGAGGGAGAUGUUAUGCUAGGUGGGCUCUUCCCCGUCCACCAGAAAGGUGAAAGUGACAUACCCUGCGGUAUUAUCAAUGCUGAUAGAGGUAUCCAACGUGUGGAGGCAAUGUUGUUCACAUUGGACCGUAUAAAUAAAGACGACAGUAUUUUACCUGGAAUAAAACUAGGAACAACUAUAUUUGACACAUGCGCAAGAGGCACGUACGCAUUAGAACAAUCUUUAGAAUAUAUUAGAGCUUCUUUCUCCUCUUUAGAUGCGUCUGAGUUUGUGUGUGGUGAUGGAUCCGAAGCAGAAGCUAAAUAUGAACCGAAAACAGUUGCUGGUGUCAUAGGUGGCUCUUACAGCUCUGUUUCAAUCCAGGUAGCUAAUUUGUUACGUUUGUUUAAAAUUCCACAAAUAAGUUAUGCUUCCACAAGCGCGCAGCUCAGUGACAAAACCAGAUACGAAUAUUUCGCGCGGACUGUUCCACCUGAUAACUAUCAAGCCCUGGCAAUGGUUGAUAUCGUUCAAUUCUUUAACUGGACAUAUGUUUCUACUGUAGCUUCCGAGGGAGAAUAUGGUGUGUCGGGUAUUGAAUUCUUCCAACAAGAGGCUAGAUCCAGGAAUAUAUGUCUUGCGGAAACUCUUAAAAUUUCAAGUAAUCCUACACAUGAAGAAUACAGUCAGAUCAUUGACAAACUUUUGAAGAAAACGAAUGCAAAAGUUGUGAUUCUCUUCCUACGGGAGGAGGACGCAAAGGGGGUUUUAGAUGCAGCCUCACACAAAAACAUUUCUGGAAAGUUCACAUGGAUUGCUGCCGACGGUUGGGGGACACAACAGUCUCCUGUAAAACACAACGAAUUAGCAGCCGAAGGUGCUUUGACAAUAAUUCUGCAGGCUACUCAUAUUCCCGAGUUCGAUGACUAUUUCUUAAAGCUGAACCCAAACCACAAUAAAAGAAACCCUUGGUUUAGAGAAUAUUGGAAAACUAUACAUAACUGUCGAUAUGCCGAUGAAGUUAGCCCUAGAAUUAAUAAACCUGUGAACUACUGUACAGGGUACGAGGUGCUGUCAAAGUCAAAAUAUAGACAAGAGUCUAAGGUACAGUUCAUAUACGAUGCCGUUUAUGCUAUCGCUCAUUCGAUCGACCGCAUGAGAAAAGAUAAGUGCAGGUCAUAUUCGAGAGCCAAGGAUUGCCAUGCAUUGAACAAGAUAAAUGGAGAACUUUUGAAGAAAUAUAUACUCAACACUACAUUCAAUGAUGGGUACGGCGCCACGGUGAAGUUUUCUAAGCAAGGUGAUGCUUUUGGGCGAUACAGUAUAAUGAACUAUCAGUUGAACAGAUCGACCAGGCAGUACGAAUACAGGCAAGUUGGAAGCUGGGUAAAUGACCUGUCACUUAAUAUAGACAAUAUCGUAUGGGCCGGAGGAACAAAAGACCUUCCUUUCUCAAGAUGUAGCCAGCCUUGUUUAGGUGAUGAAAUGAAGCACGUAGGUGAAGAUGGAGACAUGUGUUGCUGGGUGUGCAUUAAAUGUCAGCCGUUUGAAUAUUUAAAGGAUGAAUAUACGUGCAAGGAUUGUGGAGAGGGAAGAUGGCCUUAUGAAGAUCGGUUAGGCUGCUACCAACUUGAAGAGCAAUACAUGCGGUUUGACUCAGUGUAUUCCAUUGUACCGUUAGUACUGUCCGGGCUUGGAGUUUUCGCAACCUUAUUUGUGAUUUUCGCAUUUAUUCGAUAUAACGAUACACCGGUUGUGAUGGCGUCCGGUAGAGAACUGAGCUAUAUGCUAUUAUCUGGAUGCUUAUUCUGCUAUCUUAUGACAGUUAUAUUAAUUCUUAAGCCAACUUCAAUCACGUGUGCUGUACAAAGAUUUGGUGUGGGAUUUGGCUUCGCAAUUAUUUAUUCUUCAUUACUGACCAAAACUAACCGAAUCUCCAGGAUAUUCCAAAGUGCAAGGCGGUCUGCUCGGCGGCCGCCAUUUAUUAGUCCUAAGUCACAAAUAAUUAUUUCAACUAUUUUAGUCACACUUCAAGUUAUUUUUACAAUUAUUUGGCUUGUGCUGGAGCCGCCAGGGACGAGAUUGUACUUCCCAAAUGGAAAACGCGACGAAGUGAUAUUGAAGUGUAGGACGGAAGAUUUAUCAUUCCUAGUCUCCCUCAUAUACAAUAUAAUACUCAUUAUCAUUUGUACAUUUUAUGCAAUUAAAACGAGGAAAAUUCCAGAAAACUUUAACGAAUCGAAGUUUAUAGGAUUUGCAAUGUAUACGACGUGCAUCAUUUGGCUAGCAUUCGUCCCUAUUUACUUUGGAACACUUAAUUCAUUCCAGGUUCAGAUAACGACGCUCUGUGUCUCCAUAAGUCUUAGUGCUAGUGUGGCGCUGGUUUGUCUGUUCACACCAAAAAUGUAUAUAAUUUUCUUCCAACCGGAGAAAAACGUGCGCAAGCUUGCGAUGAUGAUGAACUCUAUGCAUAGAAAAACAGUUUCAGAUGCCUCACAAACUACAUGUUCUAAGUUAAACAAUUCUAUAGACGCUCACAAUUCUAUAGACAAUUCAAAUAGUCCUGCAGAGCUCAUUCGUCUCAAUGUUCAACAUUUUGCACAGAAGUUUAAUGCGGAUACAACCGAAACUCAUCCCGCAACAGAAAAAGAUAGCCUCACAUCCCUGUAAUGGUACCAAACAGUUCUACAUCAUUAACAUCAACCAGUAGAAUUCCUUAUGUCCCAGUUGUUUUAGUUAUUCAGAUAAAACAUUAAACUAUAUCUAUCACCCAAGAUAACUCAAUGUCGGUGCAUAUGUAAGGCGCAAUGCACGUGUAAAACAUUACCAGUGCAUGAGAAAGGAAUUGGUCUUAUCAAUAGUUAGAGUUAUCUUUUAUCAAGUUUAGCUCACGUGAACACAAUGUCAAGUGUUCAGAGUACUAUGAUCACUUAUCGACCGUCCGUCAACCAUUUUCUGAAUACGACAUCUCCACUGAGCGAGCUGUAAGUCACGUGAGCGAUUUAGGGCCAUCAAGACCCUCUUGUUGAUAUUAAAAGCACAGAGUUUUCUUUCAUGUUUACAGUAUAGUCACAUUUAACUUUACCUGGUCUACAUUUGAUAAGUUUAUCGUUAAGAAGAUAUUGUCCGUAAGUAUUGACCUAGCACUCAUUAAUCUUCGCCAAUAUUUUCGGGCGUUUUCGUUAUUUCACGUGAUAUUCGUGUCCUGAAAAUAUCUAGAUUUAUCAAAAUAAUCAAUUUGGAGAACCAACGGCGCAGUGGUGUAGUGGUAAGCUCUCCGAAUUGAAAACACGUUACCAUGGGUUCGAAUUCUUUUCUAACCAUUUUUUAAAAUAUAAUUCCUUGUGUUUGUAUUUGUAUCUAUGAUUAUAUAUUUUUUAUGAAACUUUGCAUUUUGUAUCGCUAACAACAGUUCUUUGAAUUGUUCGUUGAAUGAAUGAAUGCUUGUCCGGUUCUGAAGAUUUUAAACAUUUUGUAGAACGGUUUUAUGUACGUAGAAGAAUGGUAAUCGAUAGUAGAGUAUUUCGUUGAUAAAACAUGAUAAGUGUGACAAGUUUCCGUCUUUUACAGACAAAAUCAUAAAAAAAUAAUUUGUUCAGACAGAGGACUCGAACACUCAACCCUGAGAUUAGUGGCAAAACGUUUUGUCCGCACAGCUAUAUCCGCACAUGAUACGUGAUGGUAUAUAAUUGGCUUUUCAAUAGCUAUAUCAUUGUUUGGGUUCGGACACCGAAAAUUAAUUUACGGAAACAUACGGAUUAUUCAUGAGUGCCAGGUCAAUACUUACGGACAAUAAUAGAUAUUUUCUCAAGCUGAAAAGGUAAAUAUCAAAUGAUAAUAUCAGUACGAGGGGUAUUUUAUAAUAUAAGCAAUUCAUGGUAUAUUCUCUAGUUCCUAUCAGUUAAAAAGAGCAGUGAAAAGGUGACGGGAAUAGCAAGCAGUAAAAAUUGAAGUACCUACUCGAAACGGAUAUAUUUUGAAAUAGAUGAAUGUGUAUUAACUGAACGAAACUACAGUGUUAUUUAAAUCGUAAAAUAAAGACAAGAAUCGAUACCUUUGUCAUGGAGAUUUUUGACAUGUUAGCUAACAUUUAAUAUUGGUCAAAGCGUAAAUACUCUACAUACAAGGCAGAAACAAUAUUUCUCAGUUUGAUAACAGUUUACUCCAAUAUUUGGCUAGAAUUACAGAUCUAGCCCUUUGCGAUGAAAUUAGAUUUGUUUACAGACAAGAAGAAAAACUUAUUGUGCGGAAAUUUCUUUCCCGUCUGCAUUACUUCUGUUGUCGUAGUGACCUAGAUUUCAGAUCAAUAAAAUUCCUUAACCAAUACAUGCGCUUACUCUGCAAUGCAAUCAAAGCAUAAAAUCGGUAAAAGAAAUACGCCCAUUAACGUGCCACAUGCAUACAAACGGUAAAAGAAAUACGCCCAUUAACGUGCCACAUGCAUACAAACGGGAGAAGAAAUACGCCCAUUAACGUGCCACAUGCAUACAAACGGUAAAAGAAAUACGCCCAUUAACGUGCCACAUGCAUACAAACGGUAAAAGAAAUACGCCCAUUAACGUGCCACAUGCAUACAAACGGUAAAAGAAAUACGCCCAUUAACGUGCCACAUGUAUCCUAAUGACGUAUGAAAAACAUUUUCCAGUGUAAUAAAAAAGACAUAAAAUUGCUGCUUCAAAUGUACUGAUUCUGUACGUAUAUCAUAAUGCCAAAACUGAUGUUAUACCAAAUGUAGUUUACAUGUAUUGAACAUUCCCAAAGCA